AAAAAAUGCAAAAAAAAUAUUUUUCUUUUUCUUUAUUUAGAUAUUUUUCGAUUCUCUUGAAAAAUGUCAUUUUUUGAUGCUAUACCACCUACAAUAGUAACUUUAGGAAGUUUCUUAUUUCUUAUACUAGAAUAUAAUAAGCAUGAUGUUUCACCACAAAUUGCUAGCACCUAUACUACAAGUAAUAAAAAUAAUCCAAAUGUCCGAUUUUCAACAGUUAAAAGAGAUACAAUAAAAUUAGGGAUUUGUAUAAUCCAAACAUCUUUAUUUUCAUUUUUGUUAGGAUGGAAAAUGGACGAAAAUUUUAAAAAGAUUAAUAAUAAAUAUUUGUCACUUGAUGAUAUUUUACAUGUAGGAUUACUUAUAUUCUGUUGGUUUUACUCCACAAUAAUUGCCGUGAUAGCUAGGAAGCCAUGUUUAAGAAAAUGGAACAAGACUUUGAAUGCUCACUUAACAGUGAUAUUCACUACUGCAUUCUUAUGUUCAAUGUGGUACCUUCGAACUACGUUUAUUAUCUCGAUUAAUGGAAUAAGUAGUGAUAUAACAAAAAAUAUAGAAAAAAUUGUUGCGAUUUGUAACUUUAUCUUAUCAUCAAUUGCUACCGCAGUGGCAAUCACAACACCAAGAGGUCCACCACUUUAUGAUAAUGGAAGACCUGUUACUCCGAUAAGUUAUUCUUCUAUAUUAGAUUUUAUAACAUUUGCUACAAUGACACAAUUAUUGAAAAGUGCCUAUUACAAAGAUGGCUUAAGUGAUUCGGAUUUAGAUCAAAUUCCAUUUAAUCUUCGUGCGAUCACUGCACAUCAUAAUUUUAAAGUAUGGCGCAGCAAGUCUUUAUUAUAUAGAAUAUGGAAGGCCAACCUUCAUAUCAUGAUUUAUCAACUCAUUACAACAGUUUUUACGGCACUAUUAUUUUUUGUUCCUGUCGUUUUCUUAUAUAACUUUCUUGAAUAUAUUCAGAAAAAACCAUUAAAUAAAGCAAGUGAUUGGGGAUAUGUUUGUAUAUUUGGAAUGUUAAUAAGCAACUUUCUUUUAUAUUUAUCCAUUGGACAACAAUGGUAUUGGAGUGCAAGUGAAUUUAAUACAUCUGUGAGAGGAAUGUUAAACGCUGAAAUAUAUGCUAAGAGUUUGAGGAUGUUAAAUGGAUUAUGUUUGAACGAUAAUGAAGAAAAUAAAAAUGAUGGAAGUAAUAUAUCAAAAAGCAAUAAUUUAGCAGCAUCUGUAGGAAAAAUAACUAAUCUUAUGGCUGUAGAUACGAAUCGUAUUGGACAAUUUUCGAUGUGGUGGACAACUUUUAUUGAUUGUCCUAUACAACUCACUAUUGCUCUUUAUUUUCUUUAUCAAUUAUUGGGAAUUGCCAGUAUUUUUGCCUUUAUAACUCUAAUUAUUAUUUUACCCAUUAAUCAAUUCGUUUCACGACAUUUUACUAAAUCUCAAAAUAAGCUUAUGAAAUUUAGAGAUAAUAGAGUUAAUCUAAUGAAUGAGAUUUUACAAGGGAUUCGAAUGAUAAAAUUAUUUGCUUGGGAAAAAAAGUGGAGAAACAAAAUAUUGGAUGUUCGUGAAAGUGAACUUAAAGAAUUGUUUAAGGCUUUCUUAUGUUUAUCAAUGUAUAAUUUAAUAUGGAUGGCAACUCCCGUACUUGUAACGAUUGUAAUGUUUUAUGUCUAUACAAAAGUUCAAGGAAAUGAGUUAACGGCAUCAAUAGCAUUUACUUCAAUAACGAUUUUUAAUGAACUUCGAUAUGUAUUAGCAAAUCUUCCUGACGUUUUUAUGCAAGGUUAUCAAGCCAUUGUUAGCAUUAGAAGGAUAGAAACAUUCUUAAAUUCGGGGGAAAUUGAAAGUCAAUUUGUUAAGACCAAUACUUUGAAAAUUGGAUUUGGAAAUGCAAGUGUUGCUUGGAAUAAAUAUGGAGAAGAUGAUGAAUUAAGUUCAAAUGAAUUUGUUAUGAAAGAUUUAAAUAUUGAAUUUCCUAUUGGUAAAUUAAGUAUAGUAUGCGGUCCAACAGGAUCAGGAAAGACCUUAUUGUUAAUGUCGUUACUCGGAGAAACAAAUCUUAUAAAAGGAGAAAUCUUUUUCCCUCAAACUCCAGAAGAUAUUCUUAAACCAGAUCCUUUUAUGUCUAAUUGGAUUCUUGAUAAUUGUGUUGCCUUUGUUGCACAAGAAUCUUUUCUCCAAAAUGCUUCAAUCCGCAGCAAUAUAACCUUUGGACUCCCAUUCCACAAAGAACGCUACAAAGCUGUUAUAAAAGCAUGUGAUUUGCAAAGGGAUUUUGAAAUUCUAGAAGAUGGUGAUUUGACAGAAGUCGGAGAGAAAGGACUUACACUUUCUGGUGGACAGAAGCAGCGUUGUUCAUUAGCAAGAGCGGUUUAUUCAAGGGCAAAACAUAUAAUUAUAGAUGACGCGUUAAGUGCUGUUGAUGCUCAUACAGCUAAGCAUUUAAUGUUGAAUUGUAUAACUGGUCCAUUGAUGAAUGAACGUACAAUAAUUCUUGUUACUCAUCAUGUGGGGUUAGCUUUAGCCAAAGCUGAUUAUAUAGUUUCAUUAAAAGAUGGAAAAGUUGAGAUCUCUGGAAAAACUGAAGAAUUAAAAAGUUCUGGAGCUUCAGCAGCAAUCUUAAAAGGAGCAAAUAAUGGAAUUGAUUUUGAAGAUAUUAUUGAAACAGCAGCUGAAAAUACUGAAUUAAAAAGAUCAAAUAAUACGAGUGACGAGAAAGAAAUUCAGCUGGUUAAUGAUUCAACAUUAGGAGAAUCUAGUGAAAAUACAACUAUUAAUGAAGGAAUUUCUGAGUCAGAACAGAGACAUCCAACUGCACAUCGAGGAGGAUCAACUGAUGCAACCACUCUCCCAGAUUUUCAAAAUGAUAAUGGAGACUCGGCAAAAAUUGUGAAUCCAAGAAAGUUAAUCAAAGAUGAAGGGUAUGCGGUUGGAUCUGUUGAAUUUAAAGUUUACUUGGCAUAUAUUUUAGCAAAUGGACGUUUUUUUUUCUGGUUUAUGGCUAUAUUACUUUUCACAACCGCAAGAUUUUCUCAAAUAAUGGAAAAUUGGUGGUUGAAAAUCUGGUCAAAUUCCAGUAAAGAUGACAAUAAUUUAAAUGUUUUACCAUACGAUCCAAUAAUUGGUAUCACAGAUAAAAUGUUAAGCACUAUAAGCCAAGAUUCGCACAGUCUAGAUUAUUAUUUUAACAUUUAUGUAUUAAUUACAAUGAUAUCUAUUCUUCUUGGAGUAUCAAGACUUGUUUGGCUUUAUUAUGGAUCUUUAAGAGCCUCAAGAAUACUUCAUGAAAACUUACUUAAUAGAGUUAUAAGAGCUCCGUUGAGAUUUUUUGAUACUACUCCUGUUGGAAGAAUUCUUAACAGAUUUGGUAGAGACUUUGAAGAUAUUGACAGUACUUUGACACGUACUGCGGGUUCAUUCUUUCAUAAUGUCAUAAUGAUGAUUGGCACUAUAUUGGUAAUAACAGCUGUCACAAAGGAAUUCAUAAUAGCUUCCCUGGUUUUUAGUGUUGCGUAUGUAUUUCUUGGAAGAAUAUACGCUAAAUGUUCACGAGACAUGAAAAGACUAGAUUCUGUUACGAAAUCACCCAUAUAUUCACAUUUUGGCGAAACAAUAAUAGGAAUUUCAACAAUUAGAGCGUAUGGCGCGACAAAGAGAUUUAUGGAAGAAAUGUUGCUAAGAAUUGAUAGUAAUAAUAGACCAUUUUUUAUGAAGUGUACACUUAAUAGAUGGUUGUCAGUAAGAUUUAAUAUAUUGGGAUCACUAUUAACAUUUAUUGCAGGAGUAUUUAUAUUGUGGAAUUUAGAUAGAAUUGAUGCAGGAUUAGCAGGACUAUCAAUGUCAUUUGCAAUGGUGUUUUCUAAACAAAUUAUGUGGUCAGUUAGAAAUUAUGCAGAAUUUGAGAUGGGUUUAAAUUCUAUAGAAAGAGUAUGUGAAUUUUUGGAAAUAAAUCAGGAAGCUGCGGCAAUUAUUGAACCUAGACCACCAGCUAGUUGGCCUCACAAUGGUAAUAUUAAAGUAGAAAAUUUGUUGAUUAGAUAUUCGCAAGAAUUAGAACCUGUUUUACAUCAUAUUUCUUUUGAAAUAUUUGGCCAAGAAAAAGUUGGUAUUGUAGGAAGAACUGGGUCGGGAAAAUCAACCAUAUCAUUAUCAUUAUUUAGAUUUAUUGAACCAUCUGAUGGUAAAAUAUUUAUUGAUGGAAUUGAUACGAGUACAAUAGGUAUUGAAGAUCUUAGAUCAAGACUUACAAUUAUUCCACAGGAUCCGAUAUUGUUUUCAGGUACUAUUAGAUCUAACCUUGAUGUAUUUUCACAAUAUGAGGAAUAUGAAUUAUAUGAUUCUCUAAGAAGAGUUCAUUUAUUACCAUCAUCAGAGAAUGAGCAAAGUUCGACAACAUUAAGUGAUGAUGAUAAUGUAAAUGUAUUCAAAGAUUUAGACACUCCUAUUAAUGAAGGUGGUAAAAAUAUUAGUCAAGGACAGAGACAAUUAUUGUGUUUAGCCAGAGCUUUGUUAAAAAGAUCUAAAAUUAUUCUUAUGGAUGAAGCAACUGCAAGCAUUGAUUUCGCUAUGGAUGACAAAAUUCAGAAAAUGAUUAGAAGAGAAUUUGUAGAUUGUACUAUAAUAUGUAUUGCACAUAGAUUAAGAACGGUCAUUGAUUAUGAUAGAAUUCUUGUGUUAGAUCAAGGAAACGUUAUUGAAUUUGAUAGCCCAUAUAACCUUAUUUCAAAUUCGAAUUCAUCAUUUUAUCAAAUGUGCCAAAAUUCUGGAGAAUUUGAUAUUUUAAAAGCGUCGGUUCUUAAAAAAAAAAAUAACAAUACGAAUGAAUUCUAAAUUUACUUAUAUAUUGAUUUUCUUAAUUAUUCAUAGAAAGAUGAUUUAUUACAAAAAUUCUGUUGAUUAAAUACACUAACAUUCAAAA